AAAGAGCAAUUUUUUUAUGUGUGCCUGGUAAUUGCAUUCAUCUUGUCUGUACUUUUUCUGUUCGUCUGGAUAGAAACCUCCAAUGAAUACAACAGCUUUGACUGGGUCGUUUAUCUAGGGACAGGUCGCUGGUUCUUUUGGUCCAUUUUCGUGCUGAGUGCAGCUGGGAUUCUGGCUGCCUACACCACCUUGCUUUUGUUGAUUGGGUUUCUGUUGCUCUGGGAAAGGAUUGAACUAAACCUGCAUAAAUCUCAUAAGGUCUUCAUUUGGAUAACCAUUAUUUUGUGCUCCUUCUUGCUCUGUGUUUUAAGCUAUUUCUGGAGAGACAAGUGGCUGAUAGCUGGGUUGUCACUGCAGAUCUUUGCUCCCUUCGUGCACCUGAGCCUCAUAACUGUGAUGAUUAUAAUUUCCUGGCCUCUAGCCAUCUGUGUGGCCCACUUGGAAUCAGAAGUUAGAAUAAGAAGAUACAGGAUGGCAGAUUACGAGCACGAAAUACUGGAGAGGUGUAAUAUAUUCAGAAGGUUAAGAGCUCUACAAAUAGCCGCUGGACUGUCCUUCCUGAUCAUUCUUUUAUGCCUUUAUUUGAUGCCACUGGGGAUUUAUUCUCCCUGCAUUCUGAAAAAGGAGGAUUUAGGCCCUAAGCCUUCCCUCUUUGGACAUAGAGGUGCACCCAUGUUGGCGCCAGAGAAUACCAUGAUGUCCUUUGAGAAGGCUAUUGAAUUUGAUGCUUUUGGCCUGGAGACAGAUGUAUACUUAAGUUGGGAUCAUGUGCCUUUCCUCAUGCAUGACUAUGACCUGACCAGAACAACCAAUAUCAAAGAGGUUCUUCCGUCAGCUGCUAACAACGUCACUUCCAACUUCUAUUGGACUUUACUGUCAACUCUGAAUGCUGGUGAAUGGUUCUUAAAGGUUCCUGUGCCUGGAGAUAAAGGCAAAAGAAAAUUAACACUGAAUGACUCCGCCUCAGAGGAGACGUCCUCUGAGGAUGGAGAAAAUGAGGACGAUACUUCGUCCCAGGAUGGGUUGGAUUCGGACGAACAAACAGAAUUAGAUGAGGAGGCAGCUCGUUAUGAGAAAGAAAGAUAUCGUCCGGAUCCUCCUUAUGCACCUGGCAGUUUGCCAUCAGCGCCGCAGCUGCUUGUUCGGAAGACAAAACAGGAACAGGCUAGGAGACAUGUUAUUCCAAUAGCCACCUCCUUGAUUCCAGAAAAGGAGAGAAGAAGGAUUAGAGCAGCCUUUCCGGUCUUUGAAGAUCAGAAUCAGCAGAGAUACCAUCGAAGUUUAGACUUGAAACAAUUAAAGUCAUUGGCAGAAUCGGAGCAAGAAAAUCCGAUCUGGGUACCAACAAGAUUGACAAGAAUAGUGAAGGAUGGAGAAAAAGAAAAUCCGGAUCCAGAGGCUGUGGACGUCAAUGUUUCUGAUAUUAAUUCUUUGGACUCCCAUAAGGAGCAGCCUACCUCUGGGGCCAUAUUGGCCAUGGAAUGCACCAUGCAUCAAAACGCCUAA